UACUCAACGUGGCAGAAAAUCAUAGAACAUGAAGUAACUAUGACAAGUUUUUUAACAAAGACAAAACACCAGACUAUGCACUCCGAGGAGGGAAAGGAAGCAUUUACUGCGGGGUUGUUGCGGCCAAUAUCGACACUAUUAGUGCGUUUGGCUUCACUUACAUCGCCACGUGGCCAUGAUACCGGCGACCCGCAUGUACGCCGCCACCCUCGUUACCUGUGCGGGGUUUACGUGCGGGAAGCUCGUGUGAGAGAAGCCAGGAAGAAUUAGAAUAAGAGGAGGAACAAGGUGUGUUCAGGAGAGAGAGAGAAGCAGCCAAGGAGGCGGAGAGAGAAGCGGAACGCACGCAGGUGAAUCUGAGGGUGGUUUAGGAAGAAGAACUGUGAUUUGUGGAGAGAGAGAGAGAGAAAAGCUCCGUCUGCUUCGAUACCAACAUGGAGCACUUGUUGCGGGGCGGGUUCCAUUACGAAAUAUAGCCGUCGAUGAGCAGAAGACUUUUGAAUUAUUUUUAAUUAACGGCAGGUGGGCCGGGUGAUGCUGAUGGACCAGGACACUCAGUGGCUGUACCAUCUCCUGGUUGAGGUCCAGCUGGAGAAGUUCUACCUGCGCGUCAGAGAUGGCCUCAACAUCACCCGCAUCGAGCACUUCAACUACGUCAAGGAGUCCGACCUGGAGCAAGUCGGGAUCAGCAAACCCGCACAAAGAAGAUUAUGGGAUGCUCUGAAACGCUACAAGACAAGCUCCCGAACCCGGCCAUGGCCUCCCAAGGCGGGCGGCGGUCGAGGUCCGGACGGAGGGGAGCAGCGCGGGCCGCCUCAGGCUCAGGAGGGAGGGAGUCGGACUCUCCCGUGUCUGAUCCAGGACAGCGAGCUGAUUAUGGGAGAGAAGCUGGGCUCCGGCUCCUUCGGGGUGGUGAAGAGGGCCGAGUGGCACGUGCCCACCGGCAGAGUGUUGCCUGUGGCCGUGAAGUCACUGAGGAGCAGCAUGUCCAGGCAGGCGGACACGCUGACCGACUUCCUCCAAGAGGUGACCACCAUGCAGUCUCUGGACCACCCCAACAUCAUCCGACUCUACGGCGUGGUGCUCACGCAGCCCCUCAAGAUGGUGACGGAGCUGGCGCUCUCGGGCUCGCUGUACGACAUCCUGCGCUCGCGCCAGUACGACUACCCGCUGAUGCGGCUGUGGUUCUUCGCGUCCCAGAUCGCGGCGGGCAUGGACUACCUGGAGACGAGGAGGUUCAUCCACAGGGACCUGGCCGCGAGGAACGUGCUGCUGGCGUCCAGGGAGACGGUGAAGAUCGGGGACUUUGGGCUGAUGCGAGGCCUGAGCCGAGAGACGGACCACUACGUCAUGUCGGCAAACAGGAGGAUCCCGUUCGCGUGGUGCGCCCCGGAGAGCCUUCGCGUCGGCACCUUCUCCCACUCUUCGGACGUGUGGAUGUUUGGUGUCACCCUGUGGGAGAUGUUCACCUACUGUGAAGAGCCCUGGUUCGGCCUUUCGGGCAGACAGAUCCUGUGGCGCGUGGAGAGGGAGGGCGAGCGCUUGGAGAAACCGCCGGAUUGCCCCAAAGAACUGUACGCCGUGAUGAGGAAGUGCUGGGCCUGCAACGCCGCCGACAGACCCAGCUUCCUCCAGCUCAUCAAAAUGGUGGCGGAGGCGAAACCCAUGGAGGCGCACGCAACGAGAGACUUCUCCGAACCCAGAAAACUCGCACUCGCGGCCAACGACCCCGUGACCGUCAUAGACCACGGUCAUGAGCUGAGCGAGUGGCGAGGCCAGAACCAGAACACGCUGGCGGUCGGCUGGUUCCCCGCCAGCCUCGUCGCCCUGUCGGCCGGCGGCGGCGGGGGGGGCUCGGGCUCCGUCCCUUACAUCUCGCCCCCGCUGAACGGCAGCCUGCACCACGCUGGCCACGGGGACAUCAAACCCGAGCGCUGCUGGGGGGCGCCGGAUCACCUGGACGACUGGAAGACGGCCAGGGAGGGCUCAAAUCUGAAGAAGAUGGAGGGUUUGUCUCAGAGCCUGGAGUCCGUUUUGGGAGCACAGCGGCCCCGGGCCCAGACGUUCGGGGCUUUCCGAGUGGAUCCGCAGGGCAGGCUCAUGCCCCCCGAGCUGAUGGCGGUGCGCAACGCGGCGCUGCAGAAGGACCCUCGGCGGUUCAGCGAGGCCAGCAUCAACCCGCCUCCCCGGCCGCCGCCCCCCAACCUGAAACGCCUGAACCCGAAACCCCCGAGGAGGCCGGCGGUCCAGCCGGCCAACCAAUGGCCCGCGCCGCCGCUCCUGUCGCCUCCGGCUCAGGCGCGUUACCCGCCGCAGCAGCAUCAGGGCGCCGGAGGCUCCAACCUGGCUCGGAUGGCGCAGAUGGCGCGCUCGACCCCUCAGCUGGACGAGGUCGCGGACGGCAGGGAGAGGGAGCGGCUCCGGGAGCGAGAGAAGGCCCACGCGCACAACACGAGGGAGUCGCUCGCCGCGCAGAUCAUGGAGGCGGUCCACGGGGUGACCACCGAAGAGGCUCACGCCGCGCUGCAGCGAAGUGACUGGAACCCGGUGCGAGCCGAACAACAACUCAAGUUGGAGCAGCUGUACUUGCUGAGCCUCUGCUCCAGAGAAGACUGCCUGAAGCUCCUCUCCAGAUACCAGUGGAACCUGCAGCAGGCCAGCAGCCACCUGAUGCGAUGGGCUCAGGAGGAGAGGGCCGGCCCGGGCGACAGGCUCUCGGUUAGUUCGGAAAGACGAGUCUGAAGGAAAUUCUAAGUGAUUUUUUGUUGUUGUUGCGGUUGACUUGAGCAGGGGUCAUUCUGCCGUAACUAUGGGAACAGAUGGGAGUUCCAGUACAUUUGAGUAGAAAACAUAAGCUGUAUAAAUAGAAAAAUACAUUUUUAAAACUGCAAAAAAACCUUUUUUUUUUUUUUUUAAUGAGAUCCUGUUGAGCACAUUUUUUUGCAUCUUGAAAAUGUUUUUUUUGUAUCUUAAUGCAUUUGUACAUAUUGUAUGAGAAAUGAUUGUUUAUUGAAUAAAUGUGCUGAUCUGGUCGCUACAGAAGGAAA